GUGGAUUGUGAGUGGAUUCGAUCCUGGUGGUGCUGGGCUGUCGUUCAUCGGCGUCACCUUUUUCUUUUCUUGCUUCCCCUUCGACUUUUUUGCUCCGAUCAACAUCUUCACUAUUUGCUCCUACAACAACCACCCAAGCUAUCUCAUCUACUAGAACUGCCUCAGACAUCCUCACAUCGGUCCUCUCUUUGCUUCAGUCUACUUCAGUGCACUCAACAUGGCCAAGGGCGACGAUGGUUUCAAAGAGGGUGACGUAAAGAAGGGUGCCAACCUCUUCAAGACAAGAUGCGCGCAAUGCCACUCCGUUGUAGAGUCGGAGGGCAACAAGAUCGGCCCCAACUUGCAUGGGCUGUUUGGCCGCAAGACUGGCUCCGUUGAGGGCUUCUCAUACACCGAUGCGAACAAGCAAAAGGGCAUUACGUGGAAGGAAGACACUCUGUUCGAGUACCUCGAGAACCCCAAGAAAUAUAUCCCCGGCACAAAGAUGGCCUUCGGUGGUCUCAAGAAGGGCAAGGACAGGAACGAUUUGAUCACCUGGCUGCGCGAGGAGACCAAGUAAAUGCGAUCUCUACCUUAGUUGCCACAACUGCUUAACGGUGCGCUCAUUUCGACGCUCUUCGGGAUCAUCGGCUGCUUGUAUCAUCAAAGAAACGGCGAAGGCGCACAUUUACCUAAUCUGAAUAUUGGACUUGCAUACCAAUAAGCCGGGUGGGAUGGGACGGUAGAAGCCGGAGAAGCCGGUAGACGAAGCUCUUUGUACAUAAAAAAACAGAAUCCUCCUAUUGCUUGGUUCCUCCCAAGGCGUACCUGCAUUUCCUCUGGUGAAACAGGCACAGCUUAGCUGCAGAGGACGGACAAUCAAGCAACUCUUCUCUCCUCAUUCAUUACUCGUGGACCUUGAGAUGAUGGAGAUGCGCAACCCUCUCGCCGCUUGGGGAGCUCUCGAUUCCACCCCUCUCAAGCUGAUAAGCCAGUUAGCCUCCUUCUGAGCUGGCUCGCACCCCC